CACACACAGUCUUAAGAUUUCUCAUAAGUUAAUAACAUCUGUGGCAGCUGCCAAACUGCAAAAAAUCCUUCUGAAGGAAGGGUUUUUACAGAACAGCUCAGAAAAGACAGAGAACGCCAUUGGAGUCCUUCAGAGUUAAGUGAUCAAACCCAGAGGGAUUUCCAUCACUACCACCUUUAGAAGAAUGGACCACAAGAGAAAGAUCAUGAUGUGUUUGACUUUGGCUGCUGUUUUCAGCCCUGUGUUUGGAAAAGAAGACUGGAAGGCCACUGUUGUAAAAAACAUUGAGGCUUUGGUCGGCUCUUGUGUUGUGCUGCCCUGUACCUUCACUCAUCCUGGUACUCAACUGUCUAACUCCAGACUCAGGGGCAUCUGGCAUCGAAAAGACAAUUGGAAUGAGAUCUUCUACCAUGAGGAUAACACAAAGAUACAGGACAGCUUUAAGGGCCGAACAAAGUUGCUGGGACAUUUGGAUGAUGACAACUGCACCUUAGAAAUUGUUGAUGUUAAAGAUCAUGACAACGGCCCUUUCUGUUUCCGCAUUGAAUUAGUGAAAAAAGACGACAACAAACCCACUAGUGAUAAGUUCUCCUUUGUUGAGGAAUGUGCUGAAAUCAAAAUGCUCCAUGACCCACGUAAACCCAAAUUCGGUCCACUGAAGUCAGCUGUUGAAGGAAAACCUUACACUGUCACCUGUUCCAUCCGCCACACCUGCUCCUCCCAUUGGCCUGAAAUUACAUGGAAUCGGGGAAGUAAGGAUGACAUCAUUGAAGUCCAUAAAGACAUUAAUGGAGGGAUCUGGGAAACAGAGUCCAUCCUGGUGUUCAUUCCUGAGGAGAAGGAUGACCACACCGACCUCACCUGUACAGCAAAAUUUCACGGAGGAAAGAGCUCCUCCACAGCUUUCAUGCUCAACGUGAAGCGCACGGAAAACUACAACCACAUCAUUAUUCCCGUUGUUGCGGUAGCUGCCACCGCUGUGAUCUUUGGGCUCGUCUGUGUUUUGAUGGUGAAAAAGUACAAGAAACGUAUUCAAGAGCUUCAAAGCCAGGAUGGCAGCAUGUGGAACAGGAUGUCUAGACUGUCUCGCCGGCUUCGUUCUGGUGCCUCAGGACCAGCACGUCCUGACCAAAGAAGGUCUAUUUGGAGCCGAUUUUCAAGGAGACCUCAAAGGAAUGAGUUUAAUCAGAGCCCCAACAAUGCAACCUCCUGUAGUGGACAGACUGCGAGCAAGCCUCGCUGCCCAUCUCCAAAAAGCCAGCCGAAAUCCUUCAAUUACAAAAAGGACAUUGAUGACAAUGAUG